AGAGAUAGAGAGAGAAGAUUAAGGAAUCAUGAGCUGAAAAUGAGGUAGAGAGAGAAAAGUUUCCAUCUUGGUCUUUGUGAUUCAUUCUUGAGGUCUCUGAGGUCCCCCACCUUCCCUGCCCAUCCAUCCCACCCAUCAAAUUUUUGGCAGAAAUGGUGAGUUGUGGCCAAUUGAUUCUGGAGAGAGAAACAAGGGAAUAAUGAGCUGAUUUAGGGGAAAAUUGAGGAAAGUUCUCGUCUUGGUGGUUUUAGGUGUGUGUUCUUUCAAUCCAUCCUAUAAUCAAGCGCUCUUUUGGGGGAGAAAUCUCAGCUUCUGUCAAUUUUAUUGUGAAAAUAAGGAGGGGAUAGAGAGAGAGAAAAAAGUUUCCUUUUUCCUGUUUUCUUUAUUUUUAAUUCAUUCUUGAGCUCUUUGAGUUUCUUCCAAUCUGUUCCAUUUGAUUCUCUGCAAAACCUCUCUCGGUUUAUCUCCUUCUCUAUCUCUCUGUUGUGUCCUUUUGGGAUCUGAGGUUCUUUGUCUCUGUGGUUUUAGUGGAUCUGCUUCAACUAUUUCUUGAUUCUCUUUGGAAGGCUGAGAGAAUUUAGAGUUCUGAAAAAGAGUGGUUUUUAGGUGAUUUGGGGCUUGUCAAGGAUUUGGUGAUCUUGGUGCUUUUACUGUGAGGAUGAUCGUGGAAGAGAAGAGGGGAGUGAUGGGGAGGGAGUCCAGGCCAAGAGAUCAGUUCCCUGUGGGCAUGAGAGUCCUUGCAGUUGAUGAUGAUCCAACUUGUUUGAAGGUUUUGGAAAACCUGCUCAGGAAAUGCAAUUAUCAUGUGACUAUAACCAACCAAGCAAUCACUGCAUUGAAGAUGCUCAGGGAGAACAAAGACCAGUUUGAUUUGGUAAUCAGCGAUGUGCACAUGCCUGACAUGGAUGGCUUCAAGCUUUUGGAGCUUGUGGGCCUUGAAAUGGACCUGCCGGUCAUUAUGCUGUCGGCAAACAGUGAUACUAAAGCGGUGAUGAAGGGAAUAUCUCACGGUGCGUGUGACUAUUUAUUGAAGCCUGUGCGGAUCGAAGAGCUCAAGAACAUAUGGCAACAUGUGAUUAGGAGGAGGAAGAUUGAAACAAGAGAUCACAAUAACUCUGACAAUGGGGAUGAUUAUCAGAAGGGCCAGCUUUCCAGUUCUGAAACUGGACAGGGCCCAGCAGCUGGUGCACUUGUUGAUCGUAAUAAACUCAAUAGGAAGAGGAAGGAUCAAGAUGAUGAGGAGGAAGAUGAUUGUGAGGAAAAUGCUCAUGAAAAUGAUGACCCGUCCUCUCAGAAAAAGCCAAGGGUUGUUUGGUCUGUUGAGCUGCACCGCAAGUUUGUCGCUGCUGUCAAUCAAUUGGGCAUUGAAAAGGCUGUGCCGAAGAAGAUACUUGAUCUCAUGAACGUUGAGGGGCUUACUAGAGAAAACGUUGCGAGUCACCUACAGAAAUAUCGGCUUUACCUGAAACGGCUCAGUGCUGUGGCAAGCCAACAAGCUAACUUGGUUGCUGCUUUGAGAGGCCGGGAGCAUUCUUACUUACCCAUGGCUUCUUUGGAUGGCUUUCGAAACUAUCAUGCAAUGCCAGGGUCUGGACAGCUACCAGCACUGACACCUUUCCAAUCAAAUGGUUUACUAGGAAGGCUGAAUUCUCCGACUGGAAUGGGACUUCACAGGAUUGCACCCUCUGGAGUAGCUCCAAUUAAUCACUCUUAUGACAACCCAAGUGUUCCCGUCAAUGAUCUUCGGAAGCUUCAGGGCAUCGGUAUUCCUGGAAACCAGAAUGCCAAUUUGCUUCAGGGGGUGCCCACAUCAUUGGAACUUGACCAGUUGCAGCAGAACAAAACUGUUCAAAAAGCUAGCAACCCCAUCACGGGUGGUUUAUCAUGCGGCAACUCCUUUUCUACUCUGUCAAGCAACCCUUUAUUAGUGCAAGCUGGUGAUAUGCAUACAAAGUCCGUGGGAUUCACCAAUCCAUUGAAUUCAAACCCUUUUGACAUGGGUCUUGGAGAUUCUAGCCAUUUACCUGAUCUCACAAGAUGUAACAACACAUGGCCUGCUGCUGUUUCGUCCGAUAGGAAUUCGAAUAAUACGUCACAUAUGAGUAUCUGUGCUAGUAAUGAUGAUGUGUCAAAUAACAACAUGAGAAACAAUAUACCACCGAUGAUUUCGCAUGUGGACAAUAAUCCACAUGAUGUUUUGGCUGGUAAUGUGGUUGUGCCACCUCUUCACGAUCCUCUAAUGCAAAGUAGUAUACAGUUUCAAGCUAGGGCGCUCUGUGGGGACAUACCGAUGAGUGUGGUUGAGGACUCAAAAUUGUUGAACUUCAGCAGGUCAGGGAACUCCAGACAACAUUGGCAGGGACAGAAACAGGAUCAUCACAACUCCAAUAUCAUAAUAAGUUCUUCCGCAAACUCUUCGCUGCUCAAUCUUCAUACCAACAUUCCGUUUGUGGAGAGUCAGACUCUGAAGGAUGGAUUUUGUGACAAGAAGAUGGAGAUGAUCAUGAAUCCCCCUCCGACUAAUUUUGGUGCUUCUUAUGCCCCACAGCCUCAUAAAAUUAAUAACCCCAUGAAUGAUAUUCAGCCAAAGUAUAAGGACGGUUUCAUGAUGGAAACACAGAAAUUCCAGGGCAGCUUCAAUUCUAAUGCCUCCAAUGGUUUAUUGGAUGUUGUCAUCAAACCGGACCUUGCAGAAGCUGCGUUUAUGGACGGCGAUAUUGGAUGUGAUAUGUAUUCUCUCGGUGCAUGUAUGUAAACUGAUUUGGCGUGACGAACUGCUUGUUUGGUGCUUACUCGAUGCAUGUAUAUCUUUUCUCGUGAAGAGCUUGUAACAUUAUGUCGUUUUAUUUUUAACAAUUUUAUUUGGUACUGCAUUUGUCAUGAGGAGUAGGACAAGACUUGGAAUUUGACCCCCAUAGUUGCAAGAAUAGUUUGUUGAAGAAUUUGGUUGGGCACUUGACAGACCCUUUGAUCUUUAUUAAUUUGCUCAUAAUGUUUAUUA